AUGAAGCAAUCGGCAUUCCCUCUCGCCCUUCUCUUCGCCGCGAGAGUCCAUUCUCUGAGCCCGACGCUGCGGCUGCCGAGUCGCGCCGCGCUCAAAGUCGGCAGCCAGGUUGCGGCCGGGCAGUACGGCCGUAUCCAUCUCGCCGAGUGGGAUGGUGUGCCUGCGGUCGCAAAGAGACCCUACGCUGCGCUCGCGGCAGACGCGGCCUUGGCCGGAGAGUACUUUAACGUUGAGCGCGAGGUCAACGAGGCCAUUCAGAGGUCCAGCCCCGAGACAGAGCACUUUCCACGCUUCCUCGGCUGCGCUUCGUCUGGAGGCGACGAGUGGCUCGUGUGGGAGCGGCUAGCGGGCUGCUGCCUGGGCGGCGAGGGCGAGGCGGCGUCGGAGCUCGCCCGGUACUCCGGCAGCGGUGCCAAGCUGGAGGCGGACCAUGGGCUGUCGCCACGCUGCACGCUCCUCGACCGCGCGCGCAGCCGCUGCACCAGCCUCGACCCGGACCGGUCGCCUUGCUCUCCUCUCUAUGCCCCGCCGGAGCAGUUCGCAUCGCCCGACUUUCCGUUCGCGUUUGACGUGUACUGCCUCGGAAUCUCGUACCUCCGCCUGAGCCUGAGCUGCCUCAAGUCGGACUCGCAGCUCGAAGCCUUUCGGAUCGAGCUCUCUUCCCUCGCCGGCGGCGCGAGCCCGGCCGCAGCAGCCCCCGAGCCCCUGAGCGACGCGCUGCCGGCGGACAGCCUGCCGCUCCUCGCCGCCAUGCUGAGGGAGGACCCCGCCCGCCGCCCCACCAUCGACUCUCUCCUCGAGCACCCCUUCUUGCGCGCCGGCGCCGGGAGCGACGCGGCCGGCCUGGCCCCACGACCGGCAUGGCUGUCGCGCCUCCUCGGUGGCGGCGGCGAGGACGAGUGCGAGCGGCCCCUCGCCGUGCGCGUCCGCCUCCGGCCGCCGCUCGGCCUGCUGCUGGGCGAGGCGUCGAGCGAUGGGGAGCGCGCGUCGCUCGCGGUGGAGGAGCUGCUCGACGAGGGAGCGGCGGCGGCGAGCGGCAGGGUGCGCGCGGGCGACCGGCUUGUGAGCAUCGACGGCGAGACGGUGCGCGACGCGAGCCUGGACGAGGUGAUGGGCAUGCUCCGCCGCUCGCCGCGCCGCGCGGGCUUCGAGCUCGGCUUCGAGCGCUCGUGCAGCCAGGAACAGUGCGACAUCAGCACCGAACUCGAUCCGGACGGGGCGGGCGGCGGGGGGAGCGGCGAGGGCGAGAGCGUCGUCGCGCCGCCGAGAGCGGGCGUCGGCGUGAUCGACGCCGGUUCCGCCGACUGGCUCGGCAAGAGAGCCACGCAGGAGGACACGCACGCGGCGAGGGCGGCGCGUCGACGCGAGCCGUCGCCUCUCGCGGCAGCGUGGCGGGCGGUGGCGCAGAGCUACGGCGAGGGCGGCGAGCAGGACGGUGCGUGCGCGAGCAUGGCGCUGGUGCGGCAGGACGGGCUCUGCGAGGCUGGCCUUUGGUCGACUGAUUGA